AGAGAGUAUUUUAAAAGCCGGAACUGAAAUCGAUUCCUCUGCUUCAUUCAAUCGAGAGAGCGAGAGCAUCAAAGGCAAAUGCAACUCGCCGUUUCAUGUUAUCAGAAAAAUUAAAAAAAAAAAAAGAGUCGACAUUUCCAGCAAUAUUUUGACCUAUACAGCACAUGCCUUUCUAAAGGUUCUUUCCCCCUUCUCUGUUCUCUCUCUCUCUCUCUCUCUCUCUCUGAAUUCUGUCGCCCGAUCGGCUGCUUCUAGACCUUUCUCUACCCGCAUUGCAAUCGCAAGAACAGGAAGGAAGCAUCCGACUGUUCUCAGCUUUCCUUCCAAGUCUUCUCUCGACCGUUUGGUGCAUUGGAUUUGAUAUCUUCUUGGAAUGCGUGUACCAGAAUUGACUUUCAGGUUAUUAAGUUUGAUUCUAUAUCUUCAAUUAAAGAGAGGCCGCGGCAGAACGAUCACUGCAUUCAGAUGUUUUCCAGAAGACCGGUUAACUCUGCCAAUGAAGUGGGCAUGUUAUAAAGAUUUAAUUCAUAUCCUAAAUUUCUGAUGCUACAGGAGUGUGAUCAAUGUUAUUUUUAACUCAAGGUUAGGUUAUGGAAGGGUGUAUGUGAUGUAAAAUUUUAGUUUUUUUCAUGGUUAGUGAGAUGGGGGAUGAUUAUUCUGAGGAUAUGGAUGUUGAAAUCCUGCCUUCCAUGUGGCCCGAAGAUCUGAAAAAUGAAUCUGGAAAGCAGUUUAAUGUAGAAACGCCUGGGGUGGAUCAAGAUAUGUUGGAGGAAGUUAUAAUGAUGGAGGACCCUUCAAUUGUGGAUUUUAAGCGCCUUUUAGAGUUGACUAAUUAUAGUGAGAAGGGUUCCUCUCAGUUGGCAUUCCUUGUAAAGCAUUGGGAGUAUAGGCAAGCUAAUGCCUCUCUCCUUCUCAAUGAAGAGAUUCGUAUCCUAAGCAAGCAAAGGCAGGAAGCUGAGCUCAAGAAACUAGAGAUACUGGAGCAACAUCGAUUCGAGGAAGACAAAUAUGCCGGAGACAAGCGAGCAGUUUCCAUAUUGGAUGAAUCAUAUGACAUAUGGGAAGCUCUACCCUGCAGGAAGAAUGAUGCCAUUCGACAUAAUGAAAAGCCUGAAGUAGAUGCUGAGUAUGACACAAUCAUGUACUGGAAGCAGCAGGCAAUGCAAUUGGAGAAAAUGUUGGAGGCUAGCAUCCAAAGGGAGCAUGCUCUUGAGGAGAAGUUGCAGGAAAUCAUAAAGUAUCUUGAGAGACAGUCCUCACCAGUAGAAGAAUUGUCUCAGAUUUUGAAAAGAGCAGACAACUUUUUGCAUUUUGUACUGCAAAAUGCACCUGUUGUCAUUGGCCAUCAGGAUAAAGAGUUGAGGUAUCGGUUUAUCUAUAAUCAUUUUCCAAGUUUGCAAGAGGAGGACAUUAUAGGUAGAACUGAUAUUGAAAUAUUUUCUGGAGCUGGGGUUAAGGAAUCUCAAGAUUUCAAGAAAGAAGUAAUGGAGCGGGGUUUACCUGCAAAGCGGGAAAUUACGUUCGAGACCGGGUUAUUUGGGUCAAAGACAUUUUUGAUACAUGUUGAACCAGUAUUUUGCAAAGCAGGGGACACAAUAGGUGUAAAUUAUAUGGGGAUGGAUAUAACUGACCAGGUUAUAAAAAGAGAAAAAAUGGCAAGACUUCGGGAACAGAUAGCUGUUCAAAAAGCCAAGGAAAAAGAACUCAAUAGAACAAUUCAUAUAACAGAGGAAACAAUGAGGGCAAAGCAAAUGCUAGCGACCAUGUCGCACGAGAUAAGAUCUCCACUUUCAGGUGUUGUUAGUAUGGCUGAGAUUCUUGCCAACACAAAAUUAGACAAAGAGCAACGACAGCUGUUGGAUGUAAUGCUCUCUUCUGGUGACUUAGUGUUGCAACUUAUUAAUGACAUUCUGGACCUUUCCAAGGUUGAGUCAGGAGUUAUGAAGUUGGAGGAUACAAAGUUUCGGCCAAGAGAGGUAGUAAAGCAUGUACUACAGACUGCUGCAGCAUCAUUGCAGAAGGAACUGACCUUGGAAGGACAUGUAGCAGAUGAUGUUCCCAUGGAGGUUAUUGGUGAUGUGCUAAGGAUUCGUCAAAUUCUUACCAACUUGAUCAGCAAUGCUAUCAAGUUUACACAUGAAGGAAAGGUUGGAAUAAACCUUCGUGUAGUACCUGAACAAUAUUCUAGACGUGGAGAGGGACAUCAACAUGCAGUUUCAGUGAAAGAACUAACAGAAGAAACUUCUUCCAAAGCAUCUCAAAGUAGCUGCUUCCAAGAAAGCAUAUGCCAUGGGGAAGAUAAUAAUCAAUAUAGUACCACUGAAGAUGGAGUAAGAAAAUCAGUAGAAAUCACAGCUUUGAUGGAUGAAGACAACGAGAAGCAUCAGCAUCCGCAUGACACAAUAGUAUGGCUAUGUUGUGAUGUAUAUGACACAGGAAUUGGGAUACCAGAAAAGGCGUUACCGACAUUAUUUAAAAAGUAUAUGCAAGUCAGUGCAGAUCAUGCUCGAAAGUAUGGAGGAACAGGACUUGGCCUUGCCAUCUGCAAACAACUGGUGGAGCUGAUGGGGGGUCAUCUUACAGUGACCAGCCGAGAGAAAUAUGGAUCAACAUUUACAUUUGAAUUGCCUUGUAAAAUUUCUCUGAUGAAGGAGCCUUCUGAUCACUCAGAUGAACUCUCAGAUAUGGCUGAUCAUGAGGCAGUUUCUGAUGCCAACACCGAUGAAACCAACAUUGGUUAUUUCCAUUUUCAACCAAACAAAUUGGGUUCUAUGACAAGGACCAAGAACCUGCCAUCAGCCAGCAAAUUGUAUAAUCCUCUAGAAAAGCUAAAAGGUUUAUCACAGGAAUCCUACUCAUUUCCUUCUAAUAAUUGCGAGUCAAGAGACCCAACUUCAGUUGAGCAGGCUCGUUCAAUUGUUGGUGCUCAACAGAUAUCAUCUGAACUUGGAAGUUUGGCGAGGCAAGACAAGGACCCACAUGAUGAAAAUCGAACAGGUCGAGCCAAGCAACGUCAUGCUGCAAAUGGCCUUGUUAUGAAUAGAUAUCACAAAUCUAGCCCAGAUUCCAACACUGUCCAUAGUGGCAGAGAUUCACAACAUUGUACGAGGACAUGCACAGAGGUAUCUAACAAGGCUGAGAAGGGUUGUGAUGGCAAGAAUGGAUGUCCGAGCCAGAUGCAUGAGAAAUCUGAUGGAAGCCUCCAGUGCAACUCUCAUAGCCGUCUGGAAGUAUCUGAGUCAAUAUCGCAGCCCAAAAUUCUCCUAGUGGAAGAUAACAAGAUCAAUGUAAUGGUGACACAAUCCAUGAUGAAGCAGUUGGGCCACACCAUAGAGGUUGUGAAUAAUGGAUUAGAAGCAGUUCGUGCAGUUCAAUCUUCUAGAUAUGAUCUCAUCCUGAUGGAUGUUUGCAUGCCGGUAAUGGACGGCCUUCAAGCCACAAGGUUGAUCCGCUCUUUCGAGGAAAAUGGAAACUGGGAUGCGGCUGUAGAGGCUGGCAUCGAACCACCAACAUCCCAUGGUGUUGACGGAAUGUCAUCCUUGAAGAGGAUCUCUAUCAUUGCGAUGACGGCGAAUGCAUUAGCAGAGAGUGCGGCAGAAUGCCUUGCAAAUGGUAUGGACUCCUUUGUAUCAAAGCCUGUGACAUUUCAGAAACUGAAACACUGUUUGCAGCAUUAUCUUCCUUUAAAUCUGUAAAUUGAUGCUAGUGUAAAGAAAAGAAAGAGAUGAAUGUAAUCCAGCAAAGUUUUUGUAAUCUAUGUAUCAAUGUUUUUGUCAGCUGAUUGAUAUUUCCUGCUGAAUAAAAUAGUCAAAUGACUCCUGCUG